CAAAGGCAGAGGCUGCCCCUAGGCUGAUUCAUUACCUCACGCUUCGGGGAAGGCGCGAGCGGCUGCCAGCUAGACAGCCUGCCUGGCCUAUGGAAGAGAGCGGCAGAGGGGGUCGGGCAGGCGGUGCCGAGCGCUCGCCAAUGCCUGGACAGCGAGGGCGGGCGUUUGGCUGAGCCGCCGCGCCGGCUUGAGACUGGCUCCCAGUAGCGCCUGAGCCAGGGAGAGAGUUAGGUUAGGCUGGCAGGACUUGCUGCUGCCUCGGAGAGCCGGUGAUCAACCACUUCUCAGGAACAGAACAGGGAAGAUGCCAUUGUGAAUUCUGAAGUCCAGCACAAUGGCUGACAGUAAAGCAAAGUCGACCAAACCUGCAAAUAAGACUCCUCCAAAAUCUCCUUCUGAUCCAGCAAAGGACCGAGCAGCAAAAAGGUUAUCCUGUGAUUCAAACAGCUCCCAUGAGGGAGCUGUGGCAGGAGACUUGAGUGCUCUGGAAGAGGCCUUUAGAAAGUUUGCCAUACAUGGUGAUACAAGAGCCACAGGAAAAGAAAUGCAUGGGAAGAACUGGUCAAAACUGUGCAAGGACUGUCAUGUAAUAGAUGGGAAAAAUGUGACAGUCACAGAUGUUGACAUUGUCUUCAGUAAAAUCAAGGGAAAGUCUUCUAGAACUAUUACUUUUGACCAGUUUAAAGAAGCUCUUCAGGAACUCUCCAAGAAACGAUUUAAAGACAAGAGUGAUGAAGAAGCAGUUCAAGAAAUAUAUAAACUAAUUGAAGGAAAAGCCCCAGUUAUAUCUGGAGUAACGAAAGCCAUUUCAUCUCCAACUGUAUCACGCCUUACAGAUACAUCAAAAUUCACGGGUUCUCACAAAGAGAGGUUUGAUCCCAGUGGGAAAGGAAAAGGCAGAGCUGGCCGAGAAGAUCUGGUGGAUGCUUCAGGAUAUGUAUCUGGCUAUAAGCAUGCAGGCACAUAUGAUCAUAAAGUACAAGGAAGCAAGUAAGACUGAGGGUUUACAACACAGAUGGAGAAAGAGAGGGGGAAAGAGAAUAUAUUUUUAAGAAUGACAUAGAUGAGUCCUAUGUUUCAGUUGUUGUGAAUGCUGAGGCUAUGUUGUCAAGAAGUUUUCAGGAACUGGAACUGAUUUCAACAUCUGAUGAGCUACUUGCAGCACAAUGCCACUUCAUUACAUUCCUCAUGCACACAUUGGCAAAAAUAACUGUAUCAGUUAAAAAAAAAGACAUCAUUAUGUUCAGCGCUUUAGACAAAAAAAGUCAAGAGCUGUUAUAUUACUCUUCGUCAAUUUGAGCAAAAAAUUUCAAACAUUCCUAAAUGUCCUGAGGAUGUAGAAGAAAACCUCCUGAAAAGAGGCUCUUUCAUAGCAGCAUUUCUGAAAAAUAUCCCAUUAUUUAUGCAGAUUGAUUUGACUACUGUUUGUGGGCUUUUUCAAAAAUGUCUUAUGUGCAAUCUGGAACUUUCCUUAAAAGAUUCAGCAGUGUAUUACUGCGGAAUAAUUAGUUGUAAUAUACAGGGUGCUACCAUGUAAAUUUCACACAACAUUUAUGAAAAAUUAAAUUAAGAAAAAAGAUCUACUCUGGGACAAUACAAGUUCUAACAUAUUUAUGUCAGCAGAAAAAGGUGGAGAAUACCAACCCCUUACUUUCCUCCUGUCUAUACUUUUUGCUUUGUUAUUGUGUGUACUGUGUAGCAUGGUAUGCCUAGCUGAUUUGUAUGAAGCUAAUUUACUAACCUGAGAGGUGAGGAACAAGACGUUACUAAGAAAGUCUACUAAAGCUUUUUGUAGUCCAUUUUCAAGUUUGUACUCCCUCACAUUUGAAAUGAAGGGGGCAUUAAAAUAAUAAUGCUUUAAAAUAUUGAUUUUGACUAAACCUUGCAAAUCAGCGCUAAUAAGUGAAUGUUAUUAUGCACAUAUCCCAUUUAAGCUAUAACAUAUGUAAGGAAGGUUAUGACCCCCUUUAUUAAGGACAUUUAAUAUUAAUAUUCAUGUAACUAAUUGCAACUUGCACAGAAGAAUAUACUAUUAUACUUGUG